GACCUGAAGUACUAUUUAACCCAGGUCAAAGACCUCGAUACAGUCGCAACAGCCCCCAGCUCAUUCCAAGCUUCACAUCACUCAUUACCACUUCCAAACUCAGAGCUCUCUUACAUGAUCAUUAAUUCGAUGAAAAUGCAUUACUCCAAGAUUGCAUCAAUCAUUUCCUUUCUUUGCUUGGCUGAGCAUGCUCUGGCCUAUCCAUCUGCAGAGGCAGUGACUUUAGACAGCCGUGGAGCUAGUUUCGAAACAUAUGGGGAUCAUACCGGUCAAAAUUCUCGUUGGAACACAGAAACAGACGGUAAAUACGUUGAAAGUGCCGACGAGCACAGAUAUGCCUCUGGUGUCAAGUGCUGGACUGAUCUUAUGACUGUAUACAAUGAACCAGUAGCCGUUACCUGGGAAAAGACCCUGAUAGAAAUCGAUUGCGGUGGCGCAAAAGACGCGAACGGAGCCAAGGUUGUGGAUAAGAACAGUUGCAGUAUCCAGCCUCAGACGGUUACUUCGCAGAGUUGCAUGACAUAUACUAAUGGAGGUACUGUCGAGCUUGGUGUUGAUGUCUCGAUUGGGAUGAAACUUGCUGGUAUUGAGAAGUUGGGAGGUAAGCUAGGCGGGAGCUACCUCCGCCUCGACGCUUCCCAGAACUGUCAGACUGUCACAACUGCUGCACAGUGUGGAUGGAGCGACGAUUCGUGUCAUUCCGUUUGGGUGAGCAAAGUCGCGCUCAGGGUACACGGUUUUGUGCGCCGACGCUGCACCAGCCCUAAGGGCGACUACACUGCCUGGUCGGCUGAUUACGACUACGAUGUUCCCACUAGCAACUUGCGAGUUGGUUGCGAUGCGUCCUGUACUGAUCAGGCCUACCCUGGAACUCCCCCUCCUGUGUAG